UCAGGCCAAAAAGAUACUCUCAUUCCAUUCAUCAUUGUUCUUAUAGUCCCUCAUUACAGAAUCCUAACAACCUGUAACAACUUGCUAGCUGGCAUUUCCUCAAGCACAUACUAUGCCAGGACACAUGCUAACCGAAUAGCACCUCCCCACUAAUCCUUGAAUCUCCUAAUUACAGCCAUUCAUCAAACUAACAAUCAUUCUAUCAAUUCAUUACAUAAUCACCAAACUUGACAUGCCUUUUUCCCUGAUUCACGCGCCCACUCUUUCUGGUUGUUACGCCUCCAUGGGUCUUUGAGCCUUUGGCAACAAUUCCUCUCGAUUGCUCCCUUUGAAGCAAAGGGAGGCCAUCACCGGCUCCAUCGACCCAGCUCUUCCCAAGAUCUGAAUUUGUGCGGACGAGCAUCGGAAUCCCUGACGAUGCCAGUGAGCAAAAUUCCGAGCUUUUCAUCGGGCUCCGAGCUUGGAUCUGCCGUCGUCAAUGAUCUUGAGAUUGCUGGGAGGUGCCAGGGUUCAUCCACCAACUGGAAGCGAUCUAGAUCUCAAUCAGCGCUGAAGAGCUCAAUCAAGAGCGUUCCCUCUCCUGCCAAAAGGAUAGCUCUUCGUCGAUGCAGCAAUGCUAUAGUGGAUUCAAAAGGAGAAAUAAAAUUGGAUUUGCAGCAGUGCUGUGAUGAUUCCAAUGGAGAACCCCGGGUGGUGCCCUCUUCGAAAACUUUGAGGGAGGAGAGGUCCUCUGAUCCAUGUUUUCAGAGGUCCACAUGGAACCCAAGAGAUCCUGCACAGAUCCAAGCUGUGAAGGAAGCACUCCAUGUGGCCUCGGCCCCAGAUAACAUUGUAUGUCGCGAAGAUGAACAGAAAAGUAUUCUUGAUUUUUGUAAAGCUUGCAUUGAACAGGAUAAAUCAGGAAGCUUGUAUGUGUGUGGAUGCCCUGGAACUGGAAAGUCACUGUCUGUUAAAAAAGUGAAAGAGCUUCUUGUGCUGUGGGCAAAAGAGGCCGGAUUUCAGGCACCAGAAGUAUUAUCCAUUAACUGUACCUUGCUCACAAAGGCAUCGGAAAUUUUCAGCAAGGUGAUUGAAAAAUUGCAUCCUCACUUGAAGAAUAAUAGUUGCUCACCUCUUCAAGACUUGCAGAAACUUUAUUCUCAAAAGCGGCAAUUGUCUUCUGGGAAAAUGAUGAUGAUCAUUGUUGAUGAGAUGGACUACUUGAGAACGAGAGAUCAUCAAGUGCUUCAUGAUCUUUUCAUGCUCUCAACUCUUCCUUACUCUCAAUGUAUACUAAUAGGAAUAGCAAACACAAUAGACCUAGCAGAUCGGUUUCUUCCAAGGGUUGAAUCUCUGAAUUGUAAGCCUAAUGUUGUGACAUACUGUGCAUAUUCUAAAGAUCAGAUCCUCAAGAUUAUCCAGCAGAGGCUGAUUGUUCUUGGGUAUGACAUCUUUGAACCAAUAGCACUUGAAUUUUGUGCAAGAAAAGUAGCGGCUGCUUCUGGGGACAUGAGAAAAGCUCUUGAUGUUUGCAGAAGUGCAAUUGAAGUUUUUGAGGCAGAACUGAGGCUUGCUACCAACAAGGAAGAGCUUAAAAUUGUAAGAUUUGAUCAUAUGGACAUUGCGUUGUCCAGAGCUUUCAAGCCAUUGAUAGUGGAUACAAUACAAUCUCUUCCUCAACACCAACAGAUUAUAUUGUGCUCUGUAGUGAAAUUCUUCUGGCAGUGCAAGAAAAAUGCUACAACAAUCGGAGAGCUCAACCGUUCUUAUUCAGAAAUUUGUAAGGGCAACCAUAUCCCUCCAGUAGGAAUGCUUGAAUUUACAAAUAUGUGUAGAGCAUUGAGUGAUCAGGGGCUUUUAAAUGUUGGCCAAGCCAAAGAAAUUAAGCAGAAGAGAGUGACCCUAAAGAUAGAUGGUUCAGAUGUCAUAUUUGCUCUUAAGGAAAUACGAUUCUUUAAUAAUUGCUUGGAAUUCUUAAACAAGUAGAUGAAAGGUGAUCAUGAUGAAUCGUUUGUUGAUGUUGGGAUCAUGGUAUGCAUUAUCAAUGACUUUCUACAGAAAAACUUUAUGAAUUGUUAAUGAAGAUGGCGUUGCUGCGUUGUGAAAAUUUCAGUGUUGUCUGCUAGCAAUGCAAACGGAUAGGUUCAAGCAAUAGUGCUAUUAUAGACUUGGGGUGGUAAAAGUGUAACAUUAUUGUAUUCUUUUAUUUAGACAUUAAAAUAUCAUAAUACAAAGCAUUAUUUAUUUGUCAAUUGGCAUAAAUGCUUUACAAUUUCUACAAUUUCCAAUUGUUUCUACACAAGUACAAGAUGGAUGGAUAUAACAACUAUGGUAGUGAUUGCUUUGAGAAGAAAUUGGCUUGAAGUUUAGAAGUCUAGAAUCAUGUGAAGAGAGUUUUUAUAUGUAAUUGAACAAAUUUGGGCUUAUUUAAUAUUAAGGGGUAGUUUGGUUUUCCAAAGGCGCGUGGGCUCACCGCCAAUCCUCUUCUGGCGAAGGAUGCAACUCUGUUCUUGGAGACGGAUCCCAUCGCAUCACGAUCUGAAUUUAAUUGCAAGGCAUCGAGAAUCGGGCUGGGGAUUCAUGAAACUUCCCAGAAGAUCGCCAUACUGUCCAAAUAUGAGUUUGAUGAUUCACUUCGCUGUGUUUCACUGGAUUUCAUUGCUGUAUGCCCGUAUGCAUUGGAGAUGGAAUUGAAAUCAGUUGUUUCUCAGUUUGUUUUUCUUUGCCAAAGGUCAUCCAUGUUUGAUGACCCAACCGUGGAAAUACAAGAACUCUCAGCCAUAAUAAAGAAUGACAUCACUGCGCUCAAUAUUGCGAUAUCAGAUUUGCAAGUCCUCCAGAACACAGAAUUAGCUGAUAUGAAUAGCUCAAAGGACAGAGUGGUCCAUGCUAUGACUUUUUGUGAUGACUUGAAGAGCAGACUAAUGGGAGCUACGAAGCAGUUUAAGGAUGUCUUAAUGGCAAGGACAGAGAACCUUAAAGCUCAUGAAAACAGGAAGCAAAUUUUCUCUACAAACACAUCAAGAGAGAACCUUUCUACAUUUCAAUAUUAGACUUUCUUUUUAAUAUGCUGUCCAACUUCUUGCUUUGCAGAACCUUAAAGCUCAUGAAAACAGGAAGCAAAUUUUCUCUACAAACACAUCAAGAGAGAACC